AGAGGUCCAUAGCACCCAGAAUAGCACCGUGACGUCAUUAAUCAGCUGUUUCAUCUCGGUCGAUAUCCGCUUGAUUUGUUUCGACGCGCAUUAUUAUUUCCCAUGGCCGAAUGGCAUGGUGGCAAGCACGGGGACGAAACACGGGGCGGAGCUGACGACAAAUUGGCCGCAUACUACUUACGCGCGUCUCGACACGUUUCUGUAUGGGAAGCUGUUAUGAAAUCGGAGCGGAGUGAAGCGCAUUUAAAUUCGAGGCCAUAGGACGACGAUAUUUGACCGCUUGAUAUCAGGGUCGAGAAGGAAAAAUGGGGCAAACGCUCAGCGAGCCGAUAACGAAGAAGAAGUCGGCCUGUUGUCGAGAUAGCAACUACCGGGUGGGCAGCUCCUGCAUGCAAGGAUGGCGUGUUAAGAUGGAAGAUUCGCACGUGCACAUACUUUCCUUACCCAGCGACCCGGGCACUGCGUUCUUCGCCGUGUACGAUGGACACGGAGGUGCGGCCAUGGCACAAUACGCUGGAAAGCAUCUUCACGAAUAUAUAAUCAAAAGGAGCGAGUACAAGGAGGGCGAUAUCGUGACUGGGAUACAGCAAGGUUUCCUAGAGCUGGACAAGGCGAUGCAGAAUAACGCUGCGCUUAGGGACGAACAUGCCGGCACGACCGUCAUCGCGAUUCUCAUCAAGGACAAUAUUCUGUACAGCGCUAACGCGGGUGACAGUAGAGCCGUGGCGUGUAUCAACGGCAGGGCGGUACCCCUCAGUCGAGACCACAAGCCUACGUUGAAGGAAGAGCGCAAGCGUAUCGAGGCGGCGGGCGGUUUUGUCGAAUACAAAAGGGUAAACGGCAAUCUGGCGCUGUCCCGUGCCCUCGGGGAUUUCAUAUUUAAGCGGAACGAUCAUAAAUCGGCGCAGGAACAAAUCGUGACCGCGUUUCCCGAGGUGCAACAAUUUACCGUCGACGAGGACUGGGAAUUCAUUGUUUUGGCGUGUGACGGCAUCUGGGACGUGAUGACCAGCGAGGAGGUGGUUCAAUUCGUGAGGCCGCGUUUAGCGCAUAAAAUCGGCAACGAGGAGACGUCGAAUUUCACGAUACAUCCCGAGGAGAUCUGCGAGGAACUUUUAAACUGUUGCCUGGCGCCGGACGCUCUCAUGGGCACCGGCUGCGACAACAUGACAGUGAUACUCGUGUGCUUUCUCCACGGUAAACCGUGUUCCCACUUAGCCUCGCGUUGCGAAAAACCGCCGCCGCCGGAUAUAGAUCUAUAACUGUUCUAGGCUCUAGCGACAUUUUAUCAUGUUUUACCUAAAUUAUUAUGGGCAUUUUACUUUCAUCCUCGUGAUUGGUACGUGACUUUUGAUAUAGAGAUGUUUGUUGUGCAAUAUAUUACGUAAUACACUGGCUCUAUUAUAUAAAGUGACGAGAGAAGCAGGCGUAUUUAUAAAAUACAUUGUAUUUAUAUAUUUUCAACCUU